AGCGUCAACAUCCUCUCCUACCAAACGAUACCAGAUGUCUUAAACAUUAAGGAAAUAUAUAUUUUCUUCACAGAAAAAGCUCCGCAAAUCCCACAGAACUGAAGAAUGCGAGUUUCAAACUGCGCCCUCUUUUGCUUCGCUUCCCUGGUUAUCUUCUUCCCAACAAUCUCCAUCUCCAUAGAUAACUUAACUGCAACUAAUUCUGUCACUAAUGAUCAAACUCUCGUCUCCUCCGGUAAUGUUUUCGAGUUGGGAUUCUUUAGCUUCCGGAAUUCAGACAAUUGGUAUGUCGGAAUUUGGUACAAGAACAUUCCUGAGAGAGCCUACGUGUGGGUUGCCAACAGGGACGCCCCGCUUUCUAAUUCGUCUGGAGUUUUAAAGGUUGUAGAUCAGAACAUUGUUCUUCUGGACCAAAAUCAGAAACUGGUCUGGUCAUCGAACAUAACGAAAGGUGGUAACACUGUUGCGGAGCUGUUAGAUUCUGGAAACUUCGUCCUGAGAGAAGCAGAGGAUCCCAACAACUAUCUCUGGCAAAGUUUUGAUUUUCCGACCGAUACCAUGUUACCGGACAUGAAGCUGGGUUGGGAUCUGAACACAGGUUUUGACAGGUACCUAACGUCAUGGAGAAGCCCAGCAGAUCCGUCUUCAGGGGAUUUCUUGAUAAAGCUUAAUUACCAUGGACUCCCGGAUGCUUUUUUGUGGAACAAGCAAAAGAUAGAAUCCAGAAGUGGACCUUGGAACGGUGAGAGUUUCAGCGGCACUCCGGGGAUGGAACCGCUGGAUUAUCUCGAGUUCAAAUCUGUCACCAAUCAAGACGAGGUGACUAUCUUAUUCUCUGUUACGAUCAAGAAUCUGUUAACCAGGGUGAUCGUGAAUCCCUACGGAGUUUAUCAGAGAUUAACCUGGAUUCCUCACACCGAAAAAUGGAACCAAAUCUGGUAUGCACCGAAGGACCAGUGCGACAAAUACCAGAAGUGCGGUCCGCACGGUAUAUGCGACGCAAAUGCAUCCCCCGUUUGCAAGUGUCCGCGAGGGUUCGAGCCGAAGAACUUGCAGACGUGGAAUUUGAGAGAUGGGUCAGAUGGGUGUGUGAGGAAGACGAAUUUGGAGUGCAUGGGAGACAAAUUCUUGCACCUGAGAAAUUUGAAGCUGCAGGAAACCACCACGGCGUUUGUGGACCGGAGUAUGAGUCUUAAGGACUGCGGAGAUCUGUGCCUGAAGAAUUGUUCUUGCACUGCUUAUGCUAACGCCGAUAUCAGAAACGGUGGCACGGGGUGUGUCACCUGGGUCGGUGAACUUCUGGACAUCAGAGAGCCCCCCUCUGGCGGUCAGAAUCUAUUUGUUCGAUUGGCUGCUUCUGACCUCGCUGAUGGGAAGCUAAGAGUAGAUCUCAUUAUCAGCCUCACAACUGUUUCUUGUAUCAUCAUCUUGGGUGCCUUAGUCUAUGGUUUAUGCUGGCAGAGAUCAAAAAAAAUUGGUAAAAAAAACAGAACCUUGGAAAACUUUGAUCCGGAUGCUAGAAGGGAUAGUCCUCGGGACACUUCGCUGGAACAUAUGUUGAGAAGCAUUGUAAAAAAAGGAGAGCCACAGGAGCUACCUUUGUUUGAUUUUGAUAGCAUGGUAGUUGCUACCAACAACUUCAGCAUGGCUAAUAAACUUGGGCAAGGAGGAUAUGGACCGGUUUAUAAGGGAAAGCUACAUGAUGGAACAAAUAUAGCAGUCAAGAGACUCUCUAGUAGCUCAGGACAAGGCAUAGAAGAGUUCAAGAACGAAAGGAUUGUAAGUGUUAAUCAUGUUUCCAAUGGAUGCAUUUUAUUAGAACCAAGUCCAACAAAAAGAGCUGGACUAUCUUGGGCAGAACGUUUCAACAUCAUCCAAGGGAUUGCUCGUGGGCUUCUUUAUCUCCAUCGUGAUUCUUGUUUAAGGGUUAUACACCGUGACUUGAAGGUCAGCAACAUUCUCUUAGAUGAAAAGAUGAACCCAAAAAUUUCAGAUUUUGGAUUGGCAAGGAUCUUUGAAGGCACACAACAUCUGGCAAAUACUCACAAGGUGGUUGGAACACUUGGCUAUAUGUCUCCUGAGUAUGGAUUGGCUGGAAUAUUUUCUGAGAAAUCAGAUGUCUUUAGCUUCGGAGUUCUUGUAUUAGAGAUUGUUAGUGGCAAGAAGGUUACCAGGUUCCUGUAUAACGAUGAACAUCUAAGCCUUCUUUCCCAUGCAUGGCGACUAUGGAAUAAAGGCAAGGAGCUAGACUUAAUUGAUGAAGCACUGGCUGAUUCAUUUUCCUCGAUUGAAGUAAAGAGGUGCAUACAGGUUGCUCUUCUUUGUGUUCAGGACCAUGCUGAAAAUAGGCCAAUCAUGGCAGCAGUGAUUUCCAUGCUAAGCAGUGAAACAGAGCUUUUGCAACCAAAAGAACCUACUUUUACAUUCCAUAAUCCAUCAAAAUUUGAUCAACCUAAUGACAAUAAUCCAAGCUCCGUAUGUGAGAUUACUAUGUCACUUGCUGAAGGCCGAUAACUUCUGAUUAGUGAAACCCCAAUUUUUUACUACUACUAUUAUUAUUGUUAUUAAAGAAUUGAAUAUGUC